UGAGCACUGAAACAGGCACGUCAAUUCAUUCACCUCCUGCUCAAAGAUGGAUCUGCAAAUCUCAGUUUUUCUUCUGUUCGUCCUUUUCACUGCAGGACACUCUCUCAGCUGUUAUGAGUGCACGGGUCUGACGGGUUCUUGUGCGAAUCAAAAUGUAAAAACAUGUCCCAAUGGAUUUUCCAAGUGCAUGAGUACAAAAACAGCGGUAAAAGUUGGUGACAUCGGUGCUAAAGUGCAGCUUAAAGACUGUGCUGCUGACUGUGUAAGUGGAUUCAUGAACAUCGGCAUUGCAAAGACAUCUUUAGCGUGCUGUAACACAGACCGGUGUAACGUCCAAGACGCUCCAGAUCCCAGCACUAGCGCCCCCAAUGGAAAGACUUGUUACUAUUGUGAUGAGAAGAGCUGCUCAAACAUUUUGAGCUGUUCAGGGAGUGAAGACCGCUGCUUUAAAGCAACAGGGACUAUCGGUGGCCAGUCAACAGUUGUAAAAGGCUGUGUCUCUAAAUCUAUCUGUGAUGCUGAAACUUCGGUUAGAGAUGUUCAGGGAGCCUCAUGCUGUGAGGGGAAUCUGUGUAACAGCGCUAAGAGCAUCACUCAGAGCUUCCUGUUCCUCUGCUGUUCUCUGCUCUCCUUCAUCCUGCUGCUGCACUGA